CGGCUGAGGUCCUUCGGUCGUCGUCUGAGACACCGCUUCUACUGAUGCCAUGUUUGAGGGAGCUGGACAGCGUCCCAUUUCAUAAUGCUUCGUUGGGCUUCCUGCUGUCCUUUUCUCAUCAGAUUGUUGAGGGAGUUGAACAUCUCCAUCGCAAUCGUGUAGCGCACUUGGACUUGUGCACCGACAACCUCGUUCUGGCACAUGAUCAACAUGCAGUGGCUGACAGACGAGUCGAAGGAAAGAAGGUCUACAUCAUUGACUUUCAUACCUCCCAACAGCUCGAACUACCUCCAGGGACACAGCACGCUAUACUUCUACCAUAUACCCAGAUCGAUCCGCCUCCUGGCAUUAAGCACUUCGAUCCUUACUCUUGGGACGUGUAUUGUCUUGGGCAUGUGUUCGAGGAGCGACUGCAGGUAUAUAGUUACAGACGCGAGGAGCCGCGAGUUGUCCGCUGGUUCGUUCAGUGGCUGAAAGGGACUGAACGCGGAUGUGGAUCUGUCUGCCGCUGCCGCCCUACCGCACGACGCGCCCGUCAGAUGUUAACUUUCCUUCGAGGGCUUGCCUACAUUAUCGAGGUUCUCUCAUGACAACACUUGAAACGGCUAUCGGAACGCUAUCAGCUUGGGAGUCAGUGCUCGUGACGAAAGCGGGGGCUCGGUAUUCUCAUUUUGGCUUGCGAAGAGUUGUAGCGCAAUAUCACUCAAGACCAUUGGCUACGAUAGGUUAGGGACGUCACAAAUCGCGCGCACCUGUAGCGUCCCAGGCUCGGUAACGACUACGAGCCACUUAACGGCUAAUCAACCCAUUACC